CUCUCAGUUGUUUUACUGCACAUGUGUGACAACGAGGAAUCUGUCGAGUAAAAUCAAGAUUUCUACCAAAAAAUACCUUUUUUCCUUUCAUAAAUGUCUUCUAAAAGAACGAUAAAGGUCGCCAAAAGCCUCGACGAGCUCGUUCGAGCUCUUCAUGAGGUUUUUGAAGAUGAUCAUAUAAACGUUGAAGAAGUCCGCGAAUUGAUGGAGUCUUACGUUUCUAAGGAAGAAGAUUGGAAAAAUUACGCUAAUUAUGACCCAUAUAGAUAUACGAGAAAUUUGGUCGACGAAGGSAACGGAAAGUUCAACCUCAUUGUCUUGUGUUGGGGCGAAGGACAAGGAAGUUCAGUUCAUGAUCAUUCCGACUCACAUUGCUUCCUCAAGAUGCUGGAUGGAUCUCUCAAAGAAACUUUGUUUGAAUGGCCGACAGAAUUAGAAUCAGAAAAACCCUUACAAAUAAAAGCCGUAAAUACUGUGAGAAGAAAUGAAGUGGCUUAUAUAAAUGAUUCAAUUGGAUUACAUCGAAUGGAAAACACAAGUCACUCUGAUACUGCCUGUUCUCUUCAUCUUUACUGCCCUCCAUUUGAUAUGUGCCAAAGCUUUGACCAAAGAACGGGACACAAAAACAUAUGUAAAGUAACGUUCUUUAGUAAAUAUGGAGAAAGAACACCAUUUAAGCCUACUGGAAACUGAGAAUAUUACAUGGCACUUUAAUAAACAUAUAAAGUGUUUUUUACACUAGUGAAGGAGACAAUCACUCAUGUUCUCCAACACAGACUACUGUAAAUAAACCAUUCUGAGGUUGAGGAAAAAUAUGGCUCCAGUUGCCAUUGCAGUGCUUUGAUGUUUUAGGGGACAAAUAGCUGCAGUGUCGCAAAUAUGUCCCCCAAUGGCUAGAAAUAACUGGUUAAACUCAAAUAUGAGGAAACAGWAAAUAAUUAUUCAAUUCACCUUUUCGGCACUAGCUUGGAUUGUGUUACGGUCRCCAAAAAGUUCGGAAAUUGUUCUCGGAUACCCAUACAAAUUCACUGARUUUAAAGAGAAAUUUUAGGUAGAUUUCU